AUGACGGAAAAUGAAGAAACGAUAAAAGGCCGGGGCGGCAGUCAGCAGCAGCAGCAGCAGCUGCUGCUGCAGCAGCAGCAGCAGCAGCAGAACGCGCUCGAGCAGGAGCUCGCAAUUUUAGGCCCUAGAGGCCUUGGCUGGGGCUGCUACCGGUUGCUGCAGCGGCUCGAUUCUGCCAUUGCUGCUGCUGCUGCAGUGCCUGCUGCUGCUGCUGCUGCGCCAGCUGCUGCUGCUGCUGCUAAGGAUCCCCCGCCUGGGGUCCAGCAGCAAGUGGCUGCCCCCCAGCAAGAGGCUCUUUUUGCUGCUCUUGCUCACGCUGACUGCUGCUGUGGCUGCAGCAGCAGCAGCAGUAACGGUGACAGCAGCAGCAGCAACAAGAACGCGAGUGACAGCAGCAGUAGCAGCAUUAAUGACAGCAGCAGCAACAACAGCGAAGGCACCAGCAGCAGCAUUGGUGGCAGCAGCAGCAGUAGCAACAGCAGCAGCAACAGCAGCAGCAGCAGCAGCAGCAGCUCAGCAUCGGGCUUGCCUGCUUGGCGCGUCUUGGAGACAAUUAGAUCUCUCUUGGCCCUUUUUAGACUUCGCGCCCUGAAGCAGCAGCCCCGAAGCAGCAGCAGCAGCAGCAGCAGCAGCAAGGAGGAGGCGCUGCGGAAGAUCCUCCGACGUUUUCUGUAUGAGAGCUGCGCGGUUGAGUGUCUCCUUCUCAAAACUAGCAGCAGCAGCAGCAGCAGCAGCAUGGCCUGCUGCUGCGAAGGCUGCCAACGUGUUGCAGCGGCAGCAGCAGCAGGAGAGCCCGCAGCAACCCCUGCUGCAGUUAUGCGGCAGCUGCUGACUCUCACAGAGCUGCAUGCAGCAGCAAAGGAUUGGGGGGCCCCCGGGGGCCCCUGGGGUGCCCCCUCAAGGGGCCCCUGGGGUGCCCCCUCGGGGGGCCCCUGGGGGGGCCCCCCGAGGGGUGGGGGCCCCUGCUCUGCCCUCUGA